AUGAGAUGUCUCAUACUGCGAAAAAUCUUAAAUAAAAAAACGAUGGCAGUUAAUUCAAUUCCAAAUUCAACAGUCGGUACACGUUUUACAGAUGAAUACGAUUUAAAAGAAGAACUUGGAAAAGGUGCAUUUUCGAUUGUUCGUCGAUGUAUACAAAAGAGUUCAAGCCUAGAAUUUGCAGCAAAAAUAAUCAAUACAAAAAAAUUGUCAACUAGAGAUCAUCAAAAACUUGAACGUGAAGCGAGAAUAUGUCGUCAAUUAAAACAUCCAAAUAUUGUGAGAUUACAUGACAGUAUUCCAGAGGAAGCAUUUCAUUAUCUUGUAUUUGAUCUAGUAACUGGUGGAGAAUUAUUUGAAGAUAUUGUAGCCAGAGAAUUUUACAGUGAAGCUGAUGCUAGUCAUUGCAUUCAACAAGUUUUAGAAGCUGUACGGCAUUGUCAUGAAAGUAACAUUGUACAUCGAGAUCUAAAACCUGAAAAUCUUCUAUUGGCAAGUAAAACAAAAGGAGCCGCUGUCAAACUGGCUGAUUUUGGACUUGCAAUUGAAGUUACCGGUGAACAAACAGCUUGGUUUGGCUUUGCCGGUACACCAGGCUAUUUAAGUCCAGAAGUAUUGAAAAAAGAACCAUACGGAAAGUCUGUUGAUAUAUGGGCAUGCGGUGUCAUAUUGUAUAUACUACUAGUUGGUUAUCCACCAUUCUGGGAUGAAGAUCAACAUCGUUUGUAUCAACAAAUAAAAGCAGGAGCCUAUGAUUAUCCAUCUCCUGAAUGGGAUACAGUCACAACAGAAGCUAAACGUUUAAUUGAUUCAAUGUUAAAUAUUAAUCCAAGUAGACGUAUUAAUGCUACAGAUGCAUUGAAACAUCCAUGGAUUUGUCAACGAGAACGUGUAGCUGGAACAAUACAUCGACAAGAAACGGUUGAUUGUUUAAGAAAGUUUAAUGCAAGAAGAAAAUUAAAAGGAGCCAUUUUAUCUACAAUGUUUGUUAAUCGAACAUUAAUACCUAACGUUGGCAUAAUUGGUGGUAGCAGCAGCAGUAAUAGUAGUCCAACUGCUACACCUCAAGUAGCAAAAGAUGUGGCUUCUGCUAUACUUUUUAAUACUAAUAAUCUAGCUGAUAUUAGUAAAAAAAUAACUUCACCAAUAACGAGUCCAACAGCGGCAUCAGCAACACUUGCCGCUUUGUCAAACAUAGGAGGAGGUAAUCGUUCAAGACCACCAACACAAAGUGGAAGUACUGUGAAAGAAUCAGCUGAUAGUAACAAUGCAACAAUUGAUGACAAUGAAGCAGAUCGAAAUGAACGUUUCAAUAUUGAAAUAACAAAAGUAACUGAACAACUUUUACAAGCAAUUGCCAAUAAUGAUUAUGAAUUAUACAAAUCGUUAUGUGAUCCAAAAAUUACGUGUUUUGAACCAGAAACAAUUGGAAAUCUUGUUGAAGGACUUGAUUUUCAUAAAUUUUAUUUUGAAACAGUUCUAUCUGCGAAAGCAAGUAAGCCAACGAUUAAUUGUACAAUGUUAACUCCUGUUGUUCAUACAUUGGGUGAAGAUUCAGCUUGUAUUGCCUAUGUUCUUCUACUGCAAUAUCUAGACAGAAAUGGUCAAGCUCAGAGUAUUCGUACAGAAGAAACUCGUAUUUGGCAUAAAAAAGAUGCACGAUGGCAAUGUGUACACUUUCAUCGGAGUGGACAACCGAUAUCCGCUAUUAAAAGCUCGUGA